GGGUCCGUAGCUGGAGCGCCGGAGGAAGAGCAGAAUCAGCUGAACUACAGAAGAAAUUAAAAUAUUAUAGGAUUUCUCCUGAAAUCUAUGAAAGAGGUGAAACACAAGCGAUCCUGAGGAAUCUCCUGAACACGCAGAAAUUGUUUGAUACAUUUAACAGACAGAGGAACAGAGGAAAGACUCGACAUGGAGAAACAUCACCACUCUGUCAAGAGUUUUACUAAACAGAGUAAUCUCAAAAAAAAACAGUGCAUUCACACAGGAGAGAAACUGUAUCAGUGCUCAGCCUGUGGAAAGAGUUUUAAUCAACAGAGUCAUCUCAAAAAACACCAGCGCAUUCACACAGGAGAGAAACCGUAUUACUGCUCAGACUGUGGAAAGAGUUUUACUCAACAGAGUCAUCUCAAAAAACACCAGCGCAUUCACACAGGAGAGAAACCAUAUUGCUGCUUAGACUGUGGAAAGACUUUUACUGAAAAGAGUGCUCUCAAAAAACACCAGCACAUUCACACAGGAGAGAAACCGUAUCACUGCUCAGACUGUGGGAAGAGUUUUACUCAACAGAGUCAUCUCAAAAAACACCAGCGCAUUCACACAGGAGAGAAACCGUAUUGCUGCUCAGACUGUGGGAAGAGAUUUACUCAACAGAGUAAUCUCCGAAAACACCAGCGCAUUCACACAGGAGAGAAACCGUAUUGCUGCUCAGACUGUGGGAAGAGAUUUACUCAACAGAGUAAUCUCCGAAAACAUCAGCGCAUUCACACAGGAGAGAAACCGUAUCACUGCUUAGACUGUGGGAAGAGAUUUACUGCAGAGAGUCAUCUCAAAAUUCACCAGCGCAUUCACACUGGAGAGAAACCGUAUUGCUGCUCGGACUGUGGAAAGAGUUUUACUGAACAGAGUACUCUCAAAAAACACCAGCGCAUUCACACAGGAGAGAAACCGUAUUACUGCUCAGACUGUGGGAAGAGUUUUACUGAACAGAGUAGUCUCAAAAAUCACCAGCGCAUUCACACAGGAGAGAAACCGUAUUACUGCUCAGACUGUGGGAAGAGUUUUACUGAACAGAGUACUCUCAAAAAACACCAGCGCAUUCACACAGGAGAGAAACCUUAUUACUGCUCAGACUGUGGGAAGAGUUUUACUGAACAGGGGGCUCUCAAAAAACACCAGCGCAUUCACACAGGAGAGAAACCGUAUUACUGCUCAGACUGUGGGAAGAGUUUUACUGACCAGGGUAAUCUCAAAAAACACCAGCGCAUUCACACAGAAGAGAAAACUCCAUCCAUGCAAUUAAAAGUGCAAAUCGUAAAUCUUUCAGACAGAACACCUUAUCCUACACAAAUGUUUCACUUGGGACACGUUCCACCAGAAACAAACAUGAACUGAAUUUAACAAUGGAUUUUACAGAUUCAGCAAAAUGAAUCUUAUCCAGCGAUCAUGUUUAUUUAAUUCCAUGUUAUGUUUUCUUAUAUGCUCGAUAUUCCAGGACAUUCUUUGUGAGACAGAGCUGAGUUUUUAGGGUAGUUACGGUAGGAGUUCAGUUCUGAAGAAUGGAAAAAACGUAGUCUUUAAAAUUUAGAUGUCAUAGUGAUUAGGAUUCUUAGCUGGCAACUAAAUGUUUAGGACCAAACCUUCCUAGCUUAUGAUUUUAAUGCUUUUAAUCCCCUUUCUAGUAUAUGCAGAUUUGAUUAUUUCUAUUAAUUAAAGUAUCUCUGUUUUCACUCUGUGGAAGCCGUACUCAGUUCCCCGGGCUUAGCAUAGCUUAGCUUAAUGCUCCAGAGGAACUCCAGAGAGUGCUCCCAAAAGUGAGACCCAGAGCCACAGAGAGAGACGACACUGUGUCGGGUACUGCCGUGUGGACCGGAGGAGCAUCCAGACUCUGCAGAGAGGCCAACAAAAUCCUUUCCAGAGGUUAAAUAAAAUGUUCCAGCUGUAGCUUCUAUACUAAAAUCAACCCCCUCCAGGCUUGUGUAGCGCAGUGAGGUUGUGGGCUCAUUCAUUCCCUCUGAUGGUGUUCUCAUUUGUCUAUGGUUCAGUCCGAUUAAAAAUCUGUUCCCAUAGAGGGAUAUUUGGUCGUUGUAUUACUCAAGUUUUAUGCUCUCUUAUCUUUUCCUUAUUGAAUAUUAUAUGUUUUUAAUCUCCAAAAUUUACUAAGAAUAUCCAAAUCAUGUAGUUUCUUAAUUGUUUUUAUCCACUACAAACUAUUAUCUUUGUAUUGCUUCACCUCUAUAUUUACUCAUCUGUGUGUUUUAAUAAAUGGCUUUUAUAUUGCAGAUCUGCAAUCUCAUUGUGUUUUCUCAACAUAUGUUUGACAUGAAACCUAUAGGCCUGAGAUUGUCUCAUGUUAUUAUUUGUUAAAUACUCAAAGGCGCCCAACAGAGAAAUCCAGUGUAAAAUGGAUUUGUGUUGAAGUGUAACAUAAGUCAAUUUAAGUUUGAAAUUCGGAAAAUAUGUUUUUUUUGUUAUUGGUUCAGGCUUAAAAGGGUUAAAUAUACAAUUACUUCCAAAGGUAGAGUAACAUGUGUUUAAUUUGUUUUCAUGUUUAUAAAGGUUUUUUUUUAUGUGAA